AUGAAUGAGCGAAGGAAACCAUAUCGGGAGAUGUCGUUUUCCACGACAGCUAUCGCAACCCAGUCAAAACCUUCCUCUUGCGAUAUUACCUUCACUACAACUUCCUACUCUGAUACAAUCAAGACUACAACUUCUUCCUCAGAUAUAAUCAAGACUACAACUUCCUCCCACGAUACAAUCAAGGCUACAACUUCCUCCUUUGAUACAAUCAAGGAUACAACUUCCUCCCACGAUACAAUCAAGGCUACAACCCCCUCCCACGAUACAAUCAAGACUACAGCUUCCUCCUCAGAUACAAUGAAGACUGCAACUUCCUCCCACGAUACAAUGAAGACUGCAACUUCCUCCCACGAUACAAUCAAGGCUGCAACUUCCUCCCACGAUACAAUCAAGACUACAACUUCCUCCCACGAUACAAACAAGACUACAACUUCCUCCCACGAUACAAACAAGACUACAACUUCCUCCCACGAUACAAUCAAGACUACAACUUCCUCCCACGAUACAAUCAAGACUGCAACUUCCUCCCACGAUACAAACAAGACUACAACUUUUUCCCACGAUAAAAUGGAACAACUUUCCCAAUAA